CAUAUAGUUAGUUUUUCUUGCGUAAAAAUGGGUAAAUCAAAGGCGCAUCGUAUCAAAAGCCUCUCGGGCCCGAAGGCUUCGAUGGAUGAUCACUCAAACGAGGGCCGAGUGUCGAAGAAAGCGAGGCAACCGAAGGUGCGAAUGCGCGCCGAGGAGAAAGACUUUGUCGACUCGAAGACAUCGAAGAAAAUUCUUCGCCAAGCACGUAAACAACAGGCAGAGCUGAACCUUUUCGGUGACUCCUUUGGCCCAUCGCUAGCAGAUUCCGUUACCGUAAAGAAACGGCACCGGUUGGAUGACCGAGGAUCGUCAGAUGAGUCCGAUCUGGAGGGACAGGAUGAAGCCGAUAUCGAUGGAGAGGAUCUGUUUGAUGACAUGAAAAUUACCGAAGAAGAUGAACGCGCCCUGGUCAUGUUUCAAAACAAGGAUGGCACCAAAACACGCACGCUCGCCGACCUGAUUAUGGAUAAAAUUACCGAAAAGCAAACGGAAAUUCAAACGCAAUUCUCCGACACCGGUUCCCUGAAGAUGGAAGAGAUCGAUCCACGCGUUCGUGAGAUGUACGAAGGCGUCCGGGAAGUGCUGAAGCGCUACCGUAAUGGCAAGAUCCCGAAAGCGUUCAAACUCAUUCCCAAGCUGCGAAACUGGGAACAGUUCCUGUACCUGACGGAGCCACAAAGCUGGAGUGCCGCCGCCAUGUUUCAGGCAACGCGUGCGUUCUCUUCCGGCCUGACGCAGUACAUGGCCCAGCGAUUCUACAACCUAGUGUUGCUGCCGCGCGUUCGCGAUGAUCUAGCGGAGUACAAUCGGCUGAACUUUUACCUGUACCGUGCGCUGAAGAAAGCCCUCUUCAAACCGGCCGCCUUCAUGAAGGGGAUCGUGCUGCCCCUGCUCGAAGCGGGAGACUGCACCCUCCGUGAGGCAAUCAUCUUGGGCAGCAUCAUUAGCUCCACCCGUAUUCCGGUGCUCCACACAUCGGCGUGUUUGCUGAAAAUCUGCGAAAUGGAGUACUCCGGCGCGUGUUCCGUGUUCAUCCGCAUAAUCCUCGACAAGCGCUACGCUCUACCGUAUCGCGUGGUGGAUGCCACGGUGUUCCAUUUCCUCAACUUUGAGCACGACAAACGCGAGCUACCGUCCCUUUGGCACAAGGCCUUGCUAACUUUCGCCCAGCGGUACAAGAACGACAUCUCGUCCGAGCAGCGUGACGCUUUACUGCAUUUGCUAAAGAAGAAAUCGCACUACAAAAUCACACCAGAAAUCCGGAGAGAACUGAUGGCGGGCCAGUGUCGGGAUGUGGAGGUGGGCCAAAGCCUGGCCCAUGAAGGUGAUGUCGAGUUCCGCGAGGAUAAUGAUUUUACGCCAAUGGAUGACGAUAUGGAGGCGCAGGGGUCCCGAAGUGUGGCGAAACCGACACCGAAAGAAACGCAAGACGAGGACAUGGACAGCGCGGAUGAAGAGGAUGCCGAAGACAGUGAUGAGAGCGAGGAAGAUGCUCUGUGAAGCUUAAGUUAUG